AUGGUUUCUUUGAAAGAACACCAACAUCAACAUAAUAGCAGUCUUCCUGAGAUCUCUAUUUCUAACAUUACACGUCCUUCUAGUUUGGUUUCAAUGACUACAUUGUCUUCUGUUUCCAACGCCGAUGAGGUGAGAAUGGAAAAAUAAUACUUCUCCAAACCUUUGACACUUUCUAAACAAGCAAACUUCAUACUUCACUUUCGAAAACAGUUUUUUUCUUUAGAUGUUUGUCUCCGGGGUCAAUAGUUUCUUACCUAUGACUACUUUGCCUGUGUAUCAUUUAUCACCACUUCUCUCUUUACAUAGAUCUUUUUCUACCAGAGUCAAGGAAAUUCAUUUGAACAGGACAUCCCCUUCAUUUUAUGACCAUGCCUAUUUUCCUUCCACGGUGGUUCAAGUUAUGCUGACUUCUGAAUUUUGAAGGAUCCUGGGUUGCCUGUGUACCAAUGCUACUCUAUGCAGAAUGAGGAUGGUCCUUGGUCUGAUUCCAGUCUUUCCUCUUUGCCAUCUAGCCCGUCAGACACAGCAUCACCUCCUCCUACCAGUCCCAAAGCCACUCCAAGUAGCAGAAUUAAUCGGAACACUCGAACAUUGGUUCCCACAAGCGGAAAGCCAUGGUCAGCGGUGAUGAAGAGUCCUUCCCUGAUGCCACUUAACAGUCACCGAAGCUACCACGCAAGAAAACUGCCGCUGCAUCCGCUCGUAAGUUUCGGCAGCCAGCCGCUCCCAAAACUCGAAAACCUGUAGCUAAGACCAAGGAGCUACCUUCUCUUGAAAACGCAAACCUAGGCAAACCAGAAGCUUGGGGUCAGCCUGAGGUAUGGGCUGAAAAGCGUCAGCAACUUUGUUCCUCACUUCCUUAUCAUAGAGGACACGAAUCCGCUGCGUAUAGGACUAAUGGCAUGGUUGCUGGAUUCCUGGCGAACCAAGGAAUUGGUCCACGUGAUGUUUUCACAGAAGAUAUCUACAUCACUGGAGUGUAAGUUGUACCAACUCAAAUGAUGCCUGAUGCUUCCUUGCGCUCAUACGAACAGUGGUGGUGGCAAGGAAAAAGGUGAGGAUGGUGAAACAAAGCAAGUGAAGGACCAAAACGUCAGCCUGAUUGCCAUUUCAUUCCAGCAUACCAUGGAAGCCAAGCUACCGGUUGCAAUAAUUGCCGGUAAAUAUUAUUGUGAACACAUGCAUCCCUCAUAUCCCCUUACUAAUCCACUUGUAGGUCAGCGUAAUCCCAUUUGUCCUAUCAAGCUCACUCACCAUUUCAAUGUCCUUGAUUUUUUUUCCAUAUCACUGAUGUUUGGUGUGAGCCUCUAGGCGGUCUCAAAGUCUGUAAGGCGCGAAUGGAAAAGAUAGACCUCAAAAAGCGAUCUUGGUGGUCCCCUGUCAACUCUGUCGCCCAUCUAUCCCAAGGUUAUGAUGGUGUAAAGACCCUUGUUCAGACGUGUCAUGAUUGCAAUACUUCAUGCAAGACUAUCUACACGCAUGGUUGGACUUGUAGAAGCCCUCAGUGCAGAUCAUUCUACGUUUUUUAUCAUCAAGUUGAUGUCAAUGACCUCCAGUACUGUGGGGAUUUCAUGCAGGAGCGAACUCCAUACAUCGGUGCUCCCCCUCCCCCUUUGCGACCUGAACCUGUCACUGAUACAGACUUGGUGGGUGAAGAUGUCUUUGGUGUUGAAGAAAGAUGCAAGCAAGGCAUUGUUUGUGCAAAAUUUCACGGAUGUAUCCGUCGUUUAGAAUGGCAUCAAUGGACUUGCGAGACCGUGGGUUGUGAUUUCACUCACACAGUCACACAAAUUCCCGUUCCCCUCUCCAAAGUCCUCUCAGCUACUGAUUUUAUCGCUGACAAGAUUCCAUUGGACUUUGUUCAUGAAUCAAUUGGCGUUAAUCAAAAGCCCAUUGGACAUUAUGAUGUUUAUGAGCUCAAGAUUCCUGGUGAGACAACUCCAGCUGGCUGGAUUCAGAUUUUCUGUUCUAAUGGUCUUAUUAAUUCACAACCUGGUGGACCAAAUGAUCUCUAUCAAGGAAUAUAGAAGGAUAACUAUAAGCUUCGCAGAGGCCCUGCUCGACACCCCGGCCGUGAGUUUCUUUCGCUACUGCCGUCGCAUUGUCUUUUUUUUUUAACCUUCAGCAGUUCCAAUAGAGAUUGUGACAGCACAUUUCGCAUCUAAUUAAAUAUUUUUUCUUGAGCUUAGGGUCUUUCCAUUGUUAAUUCCUCAAUAUAGGGUGCUCCAUACAAAUUCUUGGUCGCACAUGAAGCUAACUCUUUCCAAAAUGCACCGCCACCUAUCCUUAAGGCCAUGCAAAGAAUGACUUGGGCUGGAAAACAAGCAUUUGCAGGAAAGGAGGAUGUUGAAUUCACUCCUUUAAACGAAGUCUUGUGUCUUGGAUACUUCGAAAACAUGCAUAUUGGUGUAUACACUCUUUUAUCUUCUUAUUUUGACAGAUACACUAAAAUAUUAUAUAGUAUCAUGAUGAUGGAGAAGACACACUUGGUGAGACUGUUGCUACCUUAUCCUUAGGAGCUUCCUCAACCAUGUGCUUUCGACCAAAAAACAAGAGCACAAUUGGUGGCAUUCACAAAACCAACAAGGGCUCCAAAACCUCCAAGAAAGAUUACGCCAAACUCACUUUAAACCAUGGCGACAUUAUUAUUAUGCAUGGAUCUGGUAUUCACAAGUACUACGAAGCAAGUAAACUCCAUUCGUCAUCACACAAUAUAUAAUGUUAACCAAUCUUCAAGCACGCCGUCAAGCCCCAUGGACUCCUGAGAUUUGCACUUACUUGCCGAUACGUCAAGCCUGA